AUGCACGACCGUCACCUACGGAGGCUUGACCGUCUGCAGGAUUUUGUCGUUGCAGAUCCGGACUCCUUCGAGAGUGAGGUGCGAGGCCGGCGUGGAAGCAGAUGUGGGACUGCUGUGAGCAACCCGAUGCAAGGGUCACAACCGGAUGUCGUGGGCGAUGAGUACCUCCAGUACAUAAGCCCAUAA